AUGUCCCAUUUUAUCCACAAGUACACGAGAGGCCUCAUUGCGAUGGAGCACCUCACAAAAUCCUCCACUCCACAUCCAAACCUCCUCAUUUUCAUCGGUGGGCUAGGCGACAAUAUCACCACGGUUCUGUACGUGGCACAUCUCGCGCGUGCACUCGACCCUAUCGGCUGGUCAGUGGCGGAGCUCCAACUCUCCGCCUCAGGAAUCGGCUGGGGGACUGGCUCUGUCGCCCGAGAUGUCUUGGAAAUCACCGCCGCUGUCAAGUACUUCAGCAACCGAAAAGUGGUUUUGAUGGGCCAUUCCACGGGGUGCCAAGAUGUGCUCUACUACCUCACCCAGCAGUAUCUCGACGAUCCCAAUGAGCUUUCCAGCAGGCCCUACGUUGCUGGUGGUAUCUUGCAGGCUAGUGUGAGCGACCGCGAAUGCUACGUUAUGCUCAACGGUCAGGAGAUCUGGGAAGACAAGCUCGCCAGGGCAAGGAAGUUGGUGGAGGCAGGAAAGGGAGAGGAGGUACUUCCUCGGGAGUUUCCCCUCAGCUUCUUUGAUUCGCCCAUCUCGGCUCAAAGAUGGGUCGACCUCAUGGAUGUCAGAGGCGCCGACGACUACUUCAGCUCAGACCUUACGCCCGAGGACCAUCAAAAGACCUUUGGUAAAGUGCGGAGCAAGCUCCUUGUGGCGUACUCUGGGAACGAUGAGUGUGUCCCCGCCGAGGUGGACAAGCAGCUGGUGGUGGACGGGUUCCGCAAAGCGACACCGGCCGAAUGGUGGAGCGAUUUCUCCGGCUUGGUUCCCGGUGCUACCCAUAAUGCGGGCAGAGGGUCCGAGCCAGGAGCCAGGGAAGCGUUGAUUGAGAAGGUAAAGACUUUUUUGCAGAUGGAUGUGAGCGAGGGGGCCAAGUUGUGA